GGCGGCGGCGCGGAGACGGCGCGGGCGGAGGGCGCGGGCCGACUGGGCGCACCGACAAUGGCUUCCAAGUGCCCCAAGUGCGACAAGACCGUGUACUUCGCCGAGAAGGUGAGCUCCCUGGGCAAGGACUGGCACAAGUUCUGUCUCAAGUGCGAGCGCUGCAACAAGACGCUGACGCCAGGCGGCCACGCCGAGCACGACGGGAAGCCCUUCUGCCACAAGCCCUGCUACGCCACGUUGUUCGGGCCCAAAGGCGUGAACAUCGGCGGUGCCGGCUCCUACAUCUAUGAGAAGCCCCCGGCCGAGGGGCCUGCAGUCACCGGCCCCAUCGAGGUCCCCGCCGCCCGACCUGAAGAGCGGAAGGCGAGUGGCCCCCCCAAGGGGCCCAGCAAAGCCUCCAGCGUCACCACCUUCACCGGGGAGCCCAACGUGUGCCCUCGCUGCAACAAGCGGGUGUAUUUCGCCGAGAAGGUGACGUCGCUGGGCAAGGAUUGGCACCGGCCGUGCCUGCGUUGCGAGCGCUGUGGGAAGACGCUGACGCCGGGCGGGCACGCGGAGCACGAUGGCCAGCCCUACUGCCACAAGCCCUGCUAUGGAAUACUCUUCGGACCCAAGGGAGUGAACACCGGAGCAGUGGGCAGCUACAUCUACGACGCCCCUGAAGGCCAAGUGCAGCCCUAGGCACCAGCCAGUCUCAGGAGCAGGGCCCCUCGGCCUCGAUCCCCGCUGGGCUCUGCCUGGCCCAGCGUCCCCCUGCCAGCUGGUGGGCGCUGGAGCAGGAGGGAGCCACCCCCUGCCUGUCCUUGCCCCCGCGGGUCCCCGGAGGCUCUCUCUCCUGCCACCUCCUCCCAUGUUAUUUAUGCCCCCCCAUGCUUCACAGCGCCCCUCACAAGCACCCCUCACUCUCACGUGGGCCACACCCAGCCGCGCAGACCUGUGCUGUCAAUAAAGUGUGGAGGACA